GUUGUGGUAUUCAUGUGGUGGGUGUGAUGGAUGUGUGGUUGUGUGGUUGUGUGUGUGCUUGAGAUGGAUGAAGUCGUUAACACGGUCAAUUAAGUAUGGGAUGUGAUCUGCGGAUGGCGAGUGGAGGCGGUUAGGGCCCGGAGGAGCUCCGCCCUCAUCUUCCUUGUUGUGUUGCACUCCUCCCCUCCUCCCCUCCUCCACUCCUCCAUCUCGACGGCCAUCUGACAGAUAACGCUAGUGCACUCCUCCCGUCUUAUCUGUUGCUUCAACCAAUGACUCACAGUGUUUCGUAACAGCCUGACCCACCUCAAUAGCCGGUCGGCAUUCCAGAUGUUCGAUCCCAAUCCUUUGCCAAGCUCGAUAAAUUGGCUGUCUUUUGAUGUACCUUAAUAUCAAGUCUCUUCCCAGGCCUCAUCCAUUCUCGCCAAGCAUCCAUCAAGACCAUGGAACUGGACAAGAAACGCCCCUCGUCCAUCAAGUCGGAGGGCAAUGUCUCCGCAGAAGGACAAGUCGAUGACAUCCCUACUGCUGCAUAUCAACGCAUGCCAGAGUCUCUGCGCAGUCUGGGGCAAGAUGAAAUUGAUCGUCUCAAUCAAAAGAUCGUCCGCAAGGUCGACCUCAUGGUUCUCCCCACCAUCGGUAUCCUGUACAUCCUGAACUACAUCGACCGUCAGAACCUCGCUGCAGCCAAACUGCAAGGCAUCACCGAAGACCUCAACAUGACCACCGACCAGUUCGCCACGGCUGUCUCCAUCCUCUUCGUCGGCUACCUCCCCUUCCAGAUCCCUAGCAACCUCCUGAUUACCAAGAUCUCCCGCCCCGGCAUGUACAUCUGCCUGGCCGUGUCCAUCUGGGGAUGCAUCUCCGCCGCCACCGCCGCCGUCCACAACUACAGCCAGCUACUCGCCGUGCGCGCCGUCCUGGGCAUCGCCGAGGCCGUCUUCUUCCCAGGGGCCAUCUACUACCUGUCGGCAUGGUACACCAAAGCCGAGCUAGGCAAACGCAUUGCCGGUCUAUACAUCGCCCAACAAAUUGGCAACGCCUUCGGGGGUCUCUUCGCCGCCGCCAUCCUCCAACUCGACGGCGUCCACAACAUCGCCGGCUGGCAAUGGCUCUUCAUCAUCGAGGGCUCGGCCACCGUAGGCAUCGGGAUCAUCUGCGCCUGCAUCAUGCCCGAAUUCCCACACAACAGCCGCAUUCUCUCCCCAAUUGAGCGCGAUCUAGCCGUCUGGCGGAUUGAAUCCGAAGCUGGCGCCGCCGAAUCCAACGAAACCACGCCCCUGUUGCAAAGCUUCCUAUCCGCUCUAUCCGACCCUAAACUCCUCCUCCUCAUCCUCUCCAACAUGCUCUCGCAAGUCCAAGGCUCCAUCGCCAACUACUUCCCUACCCUCGUCGACUCCCUUAAUUUCUCCUCCACCAUCAGCCUCCUCCUCACCGCGCCUCCCUACAUCCUCGCCGGAAUCGUCUACUACGCCGUGAUGUUCUGGUCUGAUCGCCACAACACCAUCUACCCCAUCAUCCUCAUCCUCCUUUCCAUCUCCAUCGCCAUGUACAUCAUCCUCCUGAGCACCUUAAACAUUGGUGCCCGCUACUUCGCCAUGAUGAUCCUGCCUUUUGCAUCCGUGGGUCCUCAACUCCUGCUUUAUAAGACGAUUAACCUCCACCUCGCUCGGCCGGUGGCAAAACGCGCCGCUGCUUCAGCGUUGGUGAAUGCCAUUGGCGGAACGAGUAACAUCUGGGCCUCGUAUUUGUAUUACUCCAGUCCGCACUUCUAUGCCGCGUUCGGGACGUUGUUGGCCGCGGCGGUGCUGUUGGCUGCUACGGUGACGGUGUAUCGGUGGUGGGUGUUGCGAGAGAAUCGAUGGUUGGAUUCGGGGGAGCCGGAGUUGGUGGCUAGGGCUAUGAGGGGGGGUGUGACACAGGAGAUGGUGCAGAUGGGGUGGAGGUAUGAGAUGUAUUGA